AUGUAUAUAGGUGUUGGAGAAGUAAAUGCAGAAGUUAAGAACGUAUUUACUGGAAUUAUUAACUUAAAUUAUGCAAAUUUGAAGAUUAAUAAUGAACUUGUAUGGCAAGGUAUGGACGACGUUGGUUUAGCAACACGUCUUGCAGUAGAUAUGAGUAAUAUUGAUCCAGCAGAGAAAAAUGUUGAAAUAGGAACACUUAAAGCUCAAAUAGAAAGUUUAAAAGAAGAAUACGAUCCAGAACUUGACGAUUAUACACAUAUAUUCUUUGCACCACAAAGUAGAACAACAGUAUACUCAUUCCAAAUUAACCCUACAGGCGAAACUACAAUAGACUGGGGUGAUGGAACUACACCAGAUACAUUAACUACUACUGGAAUUCAAUUUGUUUCUCAUACUUAUGAUAGUUUGACUAGCGCUUCUGCAUCAAAUAAUGGUGUUGGUUCAGUUAUGUAUACACAAGUAGAAAUUAAGAUUCAUAGCGAUAGUUCAUAUAGCAUAGAAGUAAAUGGACAAACUGGUAUAGUUACAUUAGAUAUUCCAAGUCUUGAUGGUUAUGCAACAGAAAAAUAUGUUGAAGAUAAUUAUGUAAAGAAAGGAGAAGUUCCACCAGCGCCAACUGAUUAUGUAAAGAUUGCAGAUUAUAACAAGUUUGUUCAAGAUUAG